AUGACUACGUUCAGAACUUCAACUCGGUCUACUCCUUACGCUCUUGUAUAUGGGUCCGAGGCUGUGUUACCUUUAGAAAUUCAACUUCCAUCUCUCAGAGUUGCUGUCGCCAAUAAAAUUACUACUGAAGAGAACACCAGAUUGCGAUUAGAAGAAUUAGAAAAUUUGGAAGGGAAAUGGCUGAUAGCUCAACAAAAUCUGGAAUUAUAUCAUGUUAGAAUGAUUCAAGCACAUGAUAAGCUGGGAAAGUAUGUUAAUAUACUUGAAGGAUUGGAACUGCAUACCAACGUGUUCAUUGGCGGUGAGCAGGAUGAUAUUGUGGAGCGUGUCUUUUUGGAAAGAGACAUGGGUCGAGCUGGUCGACAAGGAAGAAAAUCUGCAUGGCCUGGAAUAAUUCACCUUGACGAAGUUGACCCUUUACCAUCAUUCAUAAAGAGAAUGAUCAAACGAUUGGUAACUUGGCGCAACUUGCCAGUAGAUUGUAUUCCCAAUAGCUGCAUAAUUAAUAUCUAUGAGGCUGGUGACUGUAUUCCUCCACACGUUGAUCAUCACGAUUUUGCGAGACCAUUUUGCAUAGUCUCAUUUAUCAAAAAAUGCAAUAUUCUAUUUGGAACAGAAAUCCAGAUUGUCGGUGAUGGAGAAUUCAGAGGUUAUGUGGAAAUCCCUUUACCUGUGGGAUCAGUUUGA